AUGGAAUUCCAAAAUCUGCUGGCUGAUGCCGGGAUCUCUCCAGAGCUUCACAUGUUAACUGCUAUACAGCUCAUUACAACGACCCCACUACUACAUCCUGCAUUUGAAAAGCACGAUCGUAUAACGUUGAAAAGACAAGCUAUAAAGUAUUUACGAUAUGAGGCAGCAAAGGGUAACAUAGAAGCAAAGGCUAAGCUUAUCACGAUUUUCCUUGACGAAGACAGCCCCCAUCAGAGCGAGGCUGAGAUAUGGACCAGGAGCAUAUUCGAUCGCCGACUAUCGCUUGCAUUGGCAGCUUGCAGACAGGACAUGUGCGAAGAUGGUCUUGAGAAACCUUUGCUCGAUACUAUAUUUGAGUUGGCAGAUGCAGACACCGCACAAGCUUGCUUUUUAGCUGGGUUGGUUCUUAUCGAUGGCAUUGGUGUUGACCAUGAUGUGAAACAAGGCGUUGCGUAUCUGAGAAAAGCAGUGAACGCUGGGCACAGCAAUGCAAGAGUUGAGCUCGCUGCAAUCCUAAGCGACAUCAUCAAAUACCCAUCCAUUUACGAUUUACAGCAAAGUGUAACCCUUUACCAGACAGCAGUAGAAUCGACUACACAACCUCGACGUCUUUCAGCUGCCAAUAUACGCGCAUUUACCAAUCUUGCCAGGCUAUACUAUGAGGGUGGUGAAAAGAUUCCACGUGACCUUGAUAUGGCGUACAAGUACGCGCGUCGCGUGGCAGAAGCCACAGGGGAACAAUAUUGCCAGUACAUUGUUGGUGACGUAUUGCUAACUGGCAAUAAUCAAUACGUCCAAGAAGCUAUUUUUUGGCUAACACAGUCUGCUACGCAAGGUUUCCCAUUGGCAAUAGAAUCGUUAUCACGCAUCUAUUUUUUUGGUAUUGAAAAAGAGAUCAAACAGGACUAUGAGCAAGCACAUGAAUGGUGUAUCAGAGGCGACGAAAUAUGGCCUUCGGGUUUAAGCUUUUGUCAAACAUGCCUGGGGGAUAUGUAUCGUUCCGGCUUAGGCGUGCCAAAGGACCUUCUACGUUCAUUCGAAUACUAUCAGAAAGCAGCCAGCCAACGAGAUGUCCCGCAGAAUUAUGCCAACUAUGCCAGAUUCAUGCUCGGAGAGAUGUUUUUCAAGGGUGAAGACUGGCCCAAAAACUAUGCUGUGGCUAUUGAAUACUACAAACUCGCUGCUGCAGAGAAUUAUGAAGCAGCUCAACAUAGGCUUGAGCAACUUUUGGCCUCGCAGGAAUAUAAAAAUACGCAAGUACCGCAAACGCGUGCACAACCAAAGACUUGGAGGCUAUGGUCCUUGUUCCGACGUGGGAAACCAACAGCACCUUCCACUACAUCUAUAAAUGCCGGAAUCGGUGUAUAG